UUCACCUAAACCUUAUCCUCCACCGCCCUUGAAGCCCUCCAUCAUCAACUCUUCUUCGUCCUCCUCCCCAAAAAACAAAAAGAAAGAAAGAAAACAAGAAAGAGAUGGGCUCCGAAGCUCAAGAGCUUCGUUUCCUUCUCAUCCCUCUCAUGUCCCAAAGCCACCUCCUCCCGUUCACGGGCAUGGCCAAGCACCUCGCCGCUCACGGCGUCUCCGUCACCGUCGUCAUGACUCCUCUCAACGCGCUCCGGUAUAAAUCUGUCUUGGAUCACGCCCGGACCUUGGGUCUCGCCAUCCACUUCCUGACUCUCCCUUUCCCAUGCAAAGAGGCCGGCCUCCCCGAGGGCUGCGAGAACAUCGACUCGCUCCCCUCGUCGGACCUCAUGACCGCCUUCUUCGACGCGAGCAACAUGCUGCAAGGGCCCCUCGAGAAGCGCCUUGAGGCCAUGGAGGACAAACCCAGUUGCAUCGUCACCGACAUUUGCUUUCCUUGGACCACCGACGUUGCCCUAAAGUUUGGCCUUCCGAGGAUCGUGUUCCACACCAUUUCUUGCUUCACCCUCUUGUGCUCCCACAGCAUCAGCCGCUCCGACGUCAUGGGGCGGGUCAAGGGCGACGACGAGCCGUUCGUCGUCCCGGGCCUCCCUGACAAGAUCGAGUUCACCAAGGCCCAGCUUCCGCAGAUGAUGAAGGACGGCCUCGACGACUUGGAGGACCUCCUGGACACGUUCAAGGCGGCCGAGCUCACAGCCGACGGCGUGUUGGUGAACUCCUUUGAGAAGCUAGAGAAGAAUUACGUGAAAUGUUAUCAAAAGGUCGUGAAGAAACUGUGGUGCAUUGGGCCUCUGUCGCUGUCCCCAGGGGUUGACUCCGCCAAGCUCGACAGAGGCAACAAGCCCUCCAUCGACCCGAACCGGUGCCUAGAUUGGCUGGACUCUAGGGACCCGAAGUCCGUGCUUUACGUGUGCUUUGGUAGCCUUUGCCACGUGUCGGCCUCGCAGCUCGUGGAGCUCGCCUUGGGGCUUGAGGCCUCGCGCUGUUGCUUCAUGUGGGUGAUAAGGAAAGGCGACCACUCACAAGAGCUAGAGAAGUGGCUCUCGGAGUAUGGGUUCGAGGAGAGGACCCCGGGGCGGGGCCUCAUCAUCAGGGGAUGGGCCCCUCAGGUCAUGAUCCUGUCCCACCCGUCUGUUGGCGGGUUCAUGACGCACUGCGGGUGGAACUCGACCCUCGAGGCGGUGACCGCCGGAGUGCCCAUGAUAACCUGGCCCAUGUUUGCCGAGCAGUUCUACAAUGAGAAGCAGAUCGUGCAGGUGCUCCGCAUCGGGGUGAGCCUCGGAGUUCGGAGACCGGCGGAGUGGGGGGAGGAGGAGAAGGGUGGCGUGAUGGUGAGCAGGGAGGCCGUGCAGCACGCGAUCGGGCGGUUGAUGGACGAAGGAGAGGAAGGCGCCGAGAGGAGGCUGAGGGUGAAGGAGCUGGGCGAGGCCGCAAGGCGGGCAGUCGAGGAGGGCGGGUCGUCCUAUCUUAACAUGUCUCUAAUGAUCCACUAUGUCCGAAAGAUGCAAAACCGCAAGAGAUCGAUGACCAGAUUAAUGAGACAUUACUAGUCGCGCCGUGUUAUGCAUUCUUGAUGGGAGUCGUCCUCCACAAUUAGAGUUAUUGAGCCGUCUAGUUUUACCUAACUUCUAAUUUGAGAUUAAAGUACCUAUGUGCUAUAUUUUGAUGCAAUUAACCAUCCAUUCUUGAUAAUUUAGUACUCGUAUUAC